CCAGUCGUGAUUGGACGGUCAACACUCAAGUCCAAGAAACCCAUUCUCCAAGAAAACGCUAUAGGGACCUCACAACUCACUAGUGUCUAGCCUUCAACCCACGAGGUUGGAACUUGAACACAACAACAAAUUUGAGUCAGGCCCACCAAGGCGAGCCCAAGUAUGGUAUGAGGUGUGUGUAUAUAUAUAUAUAUACAUAUAUAAUAUAAGCAUGUAACAAAGUAACAGUAGGAGCUCUAAAAGGGUAUAAGGCUUUAAAUUAGUUAGGGGUGAAGGAGAGAAAAUGUUGAGGAUUAAGGCUUCAUCUAAUUCCCUCAUCAUUUGUUGCUUCCUCUUGAUUAAUAUUACGGUCCUCCUCUCCAUCCCACACUGUGUCUCUUCUAGACUACUAUCAACAAAUUUUCCUCAAGACUUUGGUUGGGGAGGAAACCAAAAUGAAGAUGAUGACCAUAGUAAAACCGAUAAACAACGCAGCGUCUCAGGCCACGACGGUUCUGCAACCGGUGGCGACACUCCGCCUUCAGGCGUAGUACAAAUGACACCUCCAUCUCCAAACUCCGCGUUCACAUAUCAGAAGGUGAACAACAGUGGCAAUGGGAAGCAGACAGUUACCAACAAUAGUACUGGUGGGUCGGUCCAAAUUGUGAAUAACAAAGGUAACGGGACUCAAGACGUUACAAAUAACGGGAACGGUAGUCAGAAAGCUGACAACAACGGUAAUGGAUCACAAACUGUCUCAAAUAACGGUAAUGGAUCACAACAGGCUUCCAAUAACGGUGACGGAACUCAAACCGUUGUCAACAAUGGUGGAAAUGGAAAUCAAAAUGCUAAUAAUAAUGGUAAUGGGAUUCAAGCUGUUAAAAGUAACGGUUGUAGUGGGAACCAAAAUGUUUCCAAUAUUGGUAAUGGGAUUCAAGGUGUUGAAGGUAAUGGUUGUAAUGGGGACAACAAUAUCUCGAAUAGUGGUAAUGGUAUUCAAGGUGUUAAAAAUGGUGCCGGUGGAUCUGAAAGUGGUACUGUUAAUGGUAAUGGAAUGCAGGCAGUUACUAACAAUGGAUGUACUGUUAAUGUUGGUGCCAACGGAAUUCAAAUUGGCAGCAAAUGUGGUACUGGAGUUAACCAAGAGAAUGGGAAUAAUCCGCCAUAAUGGACCUUGAGAUGGCUCGACUGGUUGGUCAUGGCUCGUUUUUAUGAUUUACUGCUGCAAUGGAAAUGUUAGUUUGGGUGUUUAUGAGUUCAAUUAGUUAUGAAAUUGUCGUCUAUUUCUAUCUAAGUGAAUGAAUGAUGUUUGUUGCUCUGGUUUGGCACAUUGAGGUACUGUAUGUUGGCAAUGUUUAGUGAUUGCUUUUAAACUAGGUGUUGUAAUUCCUAGUGUGUAAGCUAUA